AGGAGAUCAGAAAAAAAGUAUUGAACAUUUAAAUGUUCAUGCAAAAUUCAAUAUGCAGACUUUUAGAGGAUUUCUUAGAUGAGCGCGUGAAAAAAUCGCACCUCUACUCUCUCUACUGCCUUCCAAUUUGGAACCGAACUAUAGCGGACAUGAGCGUAACAUGAGAGGGGGAUUUUGCUUUAAAACCUUUUGGCUGGUAGUACGACAGGGCGGACUACGUGGUGAAAUAAUAAACAUAUUUGAACUGAACGCCAAAGUAUAAUGCGGAUUUUUGGAAUCAGAAUUAAAAAUACGAUUCACCUGUACAUACAUCCAAUAUGGGGACUUUGAGAAAAUGUUGAUGCUGGAGGACAAGAGACGAAACGUCAUAUUAUGUAAAUUCUAAUUACGCCACCCUGUCGAUAAGAGAAAUCCAACUACAAAUAAGGUCGGGAUAAAAUUAAAACGAUUUUGGAAAAAUCUGCUUUUUCUGUAUGUCUUCGGGAGUACUUUGAGACUGAGCGACUUCGUAUGUCUUACCGUUCCUGAGAUCCCAAUGGUGAGGGUCGAAUUUGAAACACAUGGUAUAAAUAAUGUGAAUGUGACAGUCAGCAUCAUGUCGGAAUCACAAUUCGGAGAGAGACUUAAAAAUAUGUUAACCAACUGAAACCAGAGGAAGGAUAUGGUUUUAUCCGGAAAAAUACGUAGUGUUUAAAAAAUAUGAAUAGAGCAAAAUAUCCCGAGAAAAAUGUUGGUGAACAAAGUUAAGGAAACACUACUGCUCCAGUAUUAACAACAACAUCAUCUCCAAAAGGAAACAGAACAGCUUCUAGUGUGAAGGUGUUUUGCACAUAUGCCAGUUGGUGGUCAUAUCAAGGUGUCAAUCCUGAAGACAUGGACCCUUUCCUCUGCAAUUACAUGGUUUACGCUUUUUGCUGGGAUAUCGCACUACGGUGACAUCAGAGUUGAAGACAAUAAAUUGGAUAUAGAUGGGAAUGGUAAGAAAGGUCUGUACCGCAGGACAACGGAGCUCAAGUUGAAAAAUCCGAAGCUGAAGGUCAUACUAGGCAUUGGAGGGGCAAUGGCAAGUAACGGGAGUCUAUUUUCUGAUCUAUGCAGAGAUGAAAAGAAAACUGAACAGUUCAUCAAGAGUUCAAUGUGGUUGAUAAAAGAAUACAACUUUGAUGGCUUAGACAUCGACUGGCAUCCUCCUUACCCCGAGCCCUAUGAAGCAAAAAUCUUCACCAAUUUUCUGAAGAGAACAAAAGAUGCAUUGAAGAAAGAUGGCUAUUUGCUCAGUGCCAGUGUUAGGUCGUAUCCAGAUGAUAGCGGAUACGAUGGAAAGAGCAUGAAUGAAAUUCUAGACUGGAUCACCGUAAAAUCAUACGAUUUCUAUGGCCCUUGGAGUGGUUACACAGGCCAGAACAACGCUCUCUAUUCUUCAUCUAGAGAAUACAUUUGGCACAAAGAUCAUUUUAACAUGGCUGCGUCCGCUAAAAACUGGAUGAAUACUGGGAUCACUAGAAAAAAGAUGGUUAUCAGUGUGGCAUUCUAUGGGUGGAGCUUCAAUUUAACUGAUCCGAGAGACCAUGGUCUUCUGUCGCCUGCAAGAGGACCUGGGGUGGACGGAGGUUUCGUGAGAUGGUCUGAGAUUUGUCUCAACUACGGCAACUACACAACUGUUUGGGACGACGAACAAAAGUGAACUACAAGUAUAAAGGAAAUGUGUGGAUCAGUUAUGGAGACAAAGAUUCGGUAACAAUCAAAGGUCAAUAUAUUAAAGAACAAGGUUUCUUUGGAGCAAAUGUAUUUCCAAUAGAUGGAGACGAUGUACUUGGAAAAUGUGGCAAAAAACAACAACUAUUGAAACACUUGCAUGAGGGACUGGGAAACUACGUAAAUUGGGAGAACUGAAUGUCCAACAAUAUUCAAAAUUGCUUAUGCCAUUGAUUUGAUUUUCAAUAUAUGCCUAGAUCUGUUCAAAGUUAAUUUAUUUAUAUCCUUCACUAAUAACAAGUAAUAUAUGCAGGUUCAGAAUGAUUGUCUUAAAAAUAUAAAAUAUAA